CCAUGUCUACUGGCCACUGUUUCUCUAUCACAGAAAACCGCACAAAACUCAUGAUGUUCAUUAAGAUAUGAAAAACAUCUGCAACAACAAGUGCCCCAAACAUGAGUUACGUUUCAACGAGUAUCGUUCAAUCGUCCGAACGUAUAAAUAUACCUCCCUUGUAGUAGAUGAGAAAGUUGGACGUUGUGUGUUAGUUAGUCAUCAAAUACGACAUUCAGUAGUAAACUUCUUUCCGGUGUAGCCGCAAAAAUGCAAGCCUUCGGCUUCGCCCUAAUUGGGCUAUUGGUUGGUUCGACAUCCGCGAGAUUCAUAUCGGAUAAUAUUUGCCUAGCAAUGCCAAAUGGACAAAAGUUACCUGUCACUGGCGACUGUGCUUCAUACAUCGUAUGCGAAUAUAAUGUGCAGAAAAUUCAACAUUGCUCCUUCGGCACACUAUUUGACCCGUACUCUAUGGUGUGCAACUGGGCCUCAUUCGUCAAAUGUGGACAAACACCUUCACUACCGCCAAUCCUUAUAGCCCCAUCAUCCACAUCACUUUCCAUUCCGACUGCUCCAACGCCCAGCCGUACGACAUCCUUUAGACCGCCUACUAAUUUCCCCAGUAUUCCAACGGCUCCCACACCUAUCCGUACGACAACUUUCGAACCACCUACCGGUUUUCCCAAUGUGCCUACAGCACCUACGCCACCACCGACUCAAAGCACCACGACAACCCAAAAACCAUACCAACCACCUUACAUACCCACCGCUCCUACAGCACUACCCACAGCAUGGCCUCCAGUGAUAGUAACUCCCAUCCCGACUAUUCGGCCAACAACUGCACCGCGUCCAGUUAUAACAACCUCACCAUCCUUCUACCCACCCAAGAACCCAUACCCUUUCUGCACGCCGGAAGAGUUCAGCUUCACCGCACAUCCGUCCGCCUGCGAAAGCUACUACAUAUGCGCUUACGGUAAGCUGAUCCUGCAUAGCUGUGGCCAUGGCGUUUACUGGAACACGGCCACAAACCAAUGUGACUUUCCGGAAAACACCGACUGCACGAACCUACCGAAUCCGGCUGCACCGGAAACAUCCACACCAUCCGCUGAAACGACGACAAUAUCAAGUACUCCCGAUUGUUACGGUAGUAACAUUUUUUACCCUAACUACAACGACUGCAGCCAGUACUAUAUAUGUAUUGGACUUCAACCAAUCCUGAUGAGCUGCCCGACCAAUUACCUUUGGAACAGCAAAACGGCCCAGUGCGAUCUACCCACUAAAGCAGUCUGUGCAAAGAAAUAAUAAAUCGAAUGCAUAAAUCUAAUUAUUUGUUUCACGCAUGAAAAAAUAAAAUUAAGAAAAUACAAUUGAUACGGCCGCUUACCGUGUCAUGUGUUUGAUGUGUUUCGUACUUUCUCAGUGUGAUUUUGUCGAGAGAAAUUAAUGAAUACUUCGAAGUAACCAGCUAAGAUUCUGUAUCCGAUUAUGAAAUGAUCGGCUGUUUAUUUAUAUUGUGUUUAUACCCACUAUAACUAUUACGAAUUAAGACAACCAUUACAUAAGUUGAUUAUUUUAAUUUACUCCUAAACUGCCCUAACAUAACUGGAAUAGUAUUACCCUAGUUUAAUUUCAAUGUUGCAAUAAUAAUAUAACUGAAUAUCCCUUUGGUACAGCACAUUGUACAUUAAUAUUUGCACAACGCAUAUAAUCAGUAAACUAACUAUCUUCUUCCUUGGCUUAGUCAGUCAGUCCUUGCUAUGCGGUGACACAGUCCGAAUGGGAUUUGAUACCCGGUCCGGUCGUGUGGAACUGGCGCCAUUUAACACAUACACCGGCCCGGUGGCCCCUAAACCAAUUAUUAUGAAGUGCGAUUCUACAAAUUACACUAUUGCCCUUAAUUUUUUUACUAAAACAAAAUCAAAUAUUUUGCUUCUUUAGCAAAGUCAACAAUGAAAAUAAACAAUAUUUUUUCACAAUCUUAAUACUUCCGUCAAUUUUUAUUCCUGUUCGUAAUUCGUAGCUCUAUAUAUUGGGAACACUUAAGCAGGUAUGGCCGCACAGUAAACAGCUAACUUAAAGUUGCACUAGUAAGAAUUUAUUAGCUUUCAGUAUUAGAAAAGCAUAAUAACUGUCAUUUAUAUUUUAAAACUAUUUCAUCAAUUAUUAUGAUAAACCUAGUUUUACUGUUUUGGAGUCUUUUUGGUAGUUCAUUAUCGACAACUUUGCUCUGCAUAACUUGUUCAAACGAAAAUAACUACAUGGAUCAUGCUUUCUCCUCGUAAAUACAUCUACAUAUACUGAGAUUCUAUACUCUUCCAUUUCAACACAUAACUAACCUUGGUUUUCCUACUAG